AUGAACGAUCCCGGUCUGGACGAUGCCGUCGCUGGCGAGGCGCAUGCUCUCGACCUGGUGGCCGAUGACCAGGUCGCCAACAGUAUUGCCUCUGGAGACGACGCGGAGAAUCGCAUAGAUACGGAAGUUCCCCAUGCAGGGCGGUGGUGGCUGGCCAGUACUGCAUACCCGCUAGUAGCAGGAACCUUUGGCCCCAUGGCCAGCGCUUUUAGUGUAUGUUCUCUAUCCCAACCGUGGCGGAUGGAGCUGGGAGGGAAAGACAUUGCUGACCCAAAAUGGGUCACUGCCAUCAACGCAAUAUCUCUGGUCUUUGCCCUCAUUUCCAACCUCUUUCUCUCGCUCAAUAUGGCCCGUCGAAUCCGCUUCGAGAUUGCUCAGCCGAUCACAAUCAUUGGCUGGUACAUCUCAUCUGCACUGCUCAUCGGGAUCCUGAUUCCCGUCGGCGUAUUAAUGUACAAGCCGCAAAAUGACGGACGCAUAUACAGUCAGGGAUACUUCUAUGCGACAUUCGCCGCGGGUCUUUACUUCAUUAUCUCCGCUCUGCUCACCGUGACAGCUUACGGCGCCUACACAGGUCAUUCCGCGCGAGAAUUCAAGUUGACAACCAGCCAGCGCACACUGAUGCUGCAGACUAUCAUUCUGUUCAUCUAUCUGCUAGGUGGUGCGGCUGUAUAUGCCAACAUAGAGGGAUGGCGGUUUUUGGACUCUGUCUACUGGGCAGACUACACACUGCUCACCAUCGGAGUUGGAAACUUCAUCCCAGAGACACAUCUUGGACGCGGUCUUCUUUUUCCGUACGCCGUUGGCGGAAUCGUGGUUCUUGGUCUGAUUAUCUCAUCCAUUCGCACCCUUAUGCUCGAGCGCGGUCGCCAAAAGAUCGCCGAUCUCCUCACGGCACACACGCACCGACUCCUCGUCAAAGAAGCCUUUUCAGACAACAACCGUCUCCGCCGACUCGUCCCCGACCUACCAGAUACGAACAAUUCCAAUACCCAAAUCAGCAAACGGGAGAGGCAGAAGCGAGAAUUCGUCACCAUGCGGCGCGUGCGACAGCUAGCAACCGUCCAAUACAAAUUGAUAUCUCUAGCCGUAUCCUUCGUGAUCUGGAUGGCAAUGUGGCUCAUCGGAGCAGUGGUAUUCUGGCGUUCUGAAGACGAGCGCAAGUGGUCCUACUUUGAAGCUCUCUAUUUCGCCUACACGACCCUGCUAACCAUCGGAUACGGCGACUUUUACCCGAUCAGCAGUCUCGGCAAAGCAUUUUUCGUCUUCUGGUCUCUUCUCGCCGUGCCAGCCAUCACCAUCCUCAUCUCUAAUAUCGGCGAUACCCUCAUCCGCUCCAUCCGUGACCUGACCCUCUUCCUCGGUGAAAUAACCAUCUUGCCCGGCGACGAGCCAUUCCUCGACCGCAUCUAUGACGUCCUGCACAUUUCCUGGAAAGACAAGUGGCUACAAGAAGUAACCGGCGAACCCAAUGAUGGCUUCCCCACAACCAAUUCAAAUGGAAACUGGAACGCCAGUGACAGAGAGAACAUCCACCACUACCACUACCUCCUCUUCCGCGAGAUCCGGAAGAUGAUGGAAUACGCACAGGGCAACAUGUCGAAGGAAUUCGACUAUUUGGAAUGGGAAUACUACCUCGCGCUUAUUUCGGGUGAGAAUAAACCGCCUGUUUCGGAUACGAUUAGCGAGAAAGAGGCGGAUGAGAAACGCGUGAGGGAGAUGAAGGAGUGGAGCUGGAUUGAUAGGAAGAACCCCCUUCUUGGGGAAAAGAGUGAAGUGCAGUGGUUGCUUAAUGCGUUGACGGAUGCGUUGGAAAGGGAAUUGAGGAAGGCUAGCCGGUCUUUCCAUUCUCCUGGGGAAAGUGAGGAGGUAGAAAGGGAGGUGAGGGAGGUAGAUUCUGCUUCUGGGGGUGGAGGGUAG